UUUCAGCCGACUGGCCUGGCCUGCUUUGCCUGGUGCUUUCUCCCUCAGAGUCAGGUGUGCUGAGGUCCGCCCGCAGAGGACACUGCCUUUCUGAGCUGGCAACACUCGCCUAGCAUAAGCGCUCCAAAGUCUCCUUAAUUGCUGUGCAGAGAAAACUAUGACUGCAUUACAGCUUAAGGAGCUUUCACAAUCGGGCCUGUACCGGAGAAGGCGAGAGCGUCCUCAUAGUCUGAGAGUAAAUGGGCUCCCUGAGGAAGAGCUGAGCAAUAUGGCCAAUGCCUUGGCCAGUGCCACAUGUGAGCGCUGCAAGGGAGGCUUUGCACCUGCUGAGAAGAUCGUGAACAGUAAUGGUGAGCUCUACCAUGAACAGUGCUUCGUGUGUGCUCAGUGCUUCCAGCAGUUCCCAGAAGGACUCUUCUAUGAGUUUGAAGGAAGGAAGUACUGUGAACAUGAUUUCCAAAUGCUCUUUGCUCCUUGCUGCCACCAGUGUGGUGAAUUCAUCAUUGGCCGGGUUAUUAAAGCCAUGAACAACAGCUGGCAUCCUGAGUGCUUUCGAUGUGACCUCUGCCAGGAAGUGCUGGCAGACAUAGGGUUUGUCAAGAAUGCUGGCAGACACCUAUGUCGCCCAUGUCAUAAUCGUGAAAAGGCCAGAGGCCUUGGAAAAUACAUCUGCCAGAAAUGCCAUGCCAUCAUUGAUGAACAGCCUCUGAUUUUCAAGAAUGACCCUUACCACCCAGACCACUUCAAUUGUGCCAAUUGCGGGAAGGAGCUAACUGCUGAUGCCCGGGAGCUAAAAGGGGAGCUAUACUGUCUGCCGUGUCAUGAUAAGAUGGGGGUCCCUAUCUGUGGUGCCUGUCGGAGGCCCAUUGAAGGGCGAGUAGUGAAUGCCAUGGGCAAGCAAUGGCAUGUAGAGCAUUUUGUUUGUGCCAAAUGUGAAAAACCAUUUCUUGGGCAUCGCCAUUAUGAGAGGAAGGGCUUGGCCUAUUGUGAAACUCACUAUAAUCAGCUAUUUGGUGAUGUUUGUUUCCACUGCAACCGUGUCAUAGAAGGUGAUGUGGUCUCUGCCCUCAACAAGGCCUGGUGUGUGAGCUGUUUUGCCUGUUCCACCUGCAAUACCAAAUUAACACUCAAGGAUAAGUUUGUUGAAAUUGAUCUAAAGCCAGUCUGCAAAUACUGUUAUGAGAAAAUGCCAGAAGAGUUUAAGAGGCGCCUUGCCAAACGAGAGAGAGAAGCAAAGGAUAAGGACAAGCAGAGAAAGAGAAAGCCAGUGUGUCUGUAAACGUUCUAUCCCUUCCACGUCACUCUCAUUGCUUCUCUUGUGGAAUAAAUUUGUGGAGUUUGACAUGAAACCAGUCUGUAAGAAGUGCUAUGAGAAGUUUCCUUUGGAGCUGAAGAAAAGACUUAAAAAACUGGCUGAGACCUUAGGAAGGAAAUAACUUCUGGUUUGGAUUUUGGUGGCAGUUUUUUAUUUUUUGUUUUUCUCUCUCUUCUAGCCAAUAUUACUUAACUUGAUCCACCCUUUUCUAAAGCUAUAUAAAGCCUUAGAGAAAAUGGUUUUCUUCAUUUCCAUUUUCUCAUUUAACAAAACAAAAGAAAUGUUUACUUCUAUGUAAAACAGAUGAAAUCAGGACUUACUUUAGCCAUAGUAGUCUGUAGACAUUAAAAACUAUAUAGCUAGCCAACCGCUCCCCCCCCAAAAAAAAAAGUGUGUUAAAGGAUAGUUUUAAUUGAGCCCUGCCCUCCAAAAAAUAAAUUUAACUCUUCAAAAUUAAAACAACCCUUCUCUGCGGACCAACAAAAGUACUUGCUGACAGAUCUGGUGGACUAAGUUGAAUCCUGGGUCCAUGUGGAAAGAGAACUCACUCAAGUUGUCCUCUAACCUCCACAGCACUGUUUACAUAUGCGCCAGCACAUACAAUUAAUAAACAUAGUAAACAAACACUGUUUUAAAGAGUCAUCUUUACAUGGCGCAGAAGACUCCACAUUUUGCUUUUCUUUAUGUCAUAAGAAAAUAAUUUCCCGGGUGCUGGAGAAAUGGCUCAGAGGAUAAGAGCACUGAUUGCUCUUCCCAAAGGUCCUGAGUUCAAUUCCCAGCAACCACAUGGUGGCUCACAACCAUCUAAACAUGAAAUCUGGUUCCCUCUUCUGGUGUGCGGGUGUACAUGCUAACACACAUUGCAUAAGUAAUAAAUAAAUAAAUCUUUAAAAAAAAAAGAAAAUAAUUUUCCACUAAUAUGCUGGGGAAGUGUAUAGGAAAAAUAAGUAAACUACCAAAAAGUUCCUUCACAGUCUUAAUGUCUUUAGCCAAUUAGCAUUGUAAAAGAAAAAUGCAUAUUACUAAGAAACAAAAGCAUUUCAGAAAACCUGAUUUUUUUUUUUUGUUAGAUCAGUAUGCUUAGUUUUCUAUUUUGUUUUCCUUAUGAAAUUCUUCCUUCAUACAAUUAUUUAACAUACUGGUAGCUGUUAGUAUAUCUUCUACAUUUAUGAGCAAAACAAAGCAAAAAAAUAUACCAGUUAUCUGAAAAAUAAUGUACACUUUGUGAUAUUGGAAAAAUGAAGCAUUUUAAAAAUAUAUUACACUUUAUGCUUUUAAGAUUAAUUAAAACAUGAGAUAGACUGUUAUACAGCUUAAGAGUAUAGCACUUUCAAAGGAGGGUGUAAGCCAGCGAUAGCAGCAGAGGCAGACAGAUUUCUGUGAGUCCUAGUCCAGCCAGGGCGGCAUAUUGAAACCUUGUUUCAGAAAAAAAUGGCUAUCUGUAUCCUAUUACCUUUCUGCUAAUAGCUAUGCUUCAUACAUAAUCUAACUUGCCUUGCCUUAGAUAACUGCAUCCUGUAAUCAGAAAUCCUAAAUGUUUCUUAAAUACCAAAUAAUAAUAAAUACUUGGACUGAGAUUUUAGGGUUUUUUUUUCUUCACUUCUAAUGUCAUAACUGAGUUUUAUUUACUAUAAAAUAGUAAAAAGUCAUAAAUGAUACUCUUAGAUUGAAAGAGGAUAGGGAGAAUGUUAACCUUAGGUAAAAAUCAGUGAGUUCUAUUUUAUAAAAAUUUUUAUCCUGAAAUGUUUGGACUAUUCUUUUUGUAUAAACUUCAUAUGCAAAAGUAGGAGCAUUUUUAAAUUGUUCCUGCUGCUAAUAUGUUACCUUUUUUUUUUUUUCUAAGUUGCCAGAAUAAAUGUUACAAACAUUUUUGGAUAUGGUGACUUAUAUUGUAAUCUCAGCCCUUGGGAGGCAGAGGCAGGAAGACUACCAUGAGUUGGAGGUGAAUCCUAGGUUACAAUGUGAAAUUCUAUCCCCAUAAACAAAAACACUAGUAUAUUGUGUUGCCAUAAAGAAUAUCUCAGGAGCCUAGGAAAAAGCCCAGUCAGUAAAGCCUUUAGGACCUGAGUUUGAACCAAGCAGAUCCCUGGAUUUAAUGGUUAGCCGACCCAGCCUAACUGGUGAGCCCCAGAUCCAAGAGGAAAACCCUGUCUCAAAAGAACCAAGGUGGGUGGCUCCUGAGGAAUGACAGACAAGAUUGACAUCCAGUCUUCACAUGCACAUAUACAUAUGCACAUAUCCAGAAAUACAUGCACAUACACAAAAUAUGAUAUCUCAGGAUGCUAUUACUCUGCCAUUAAAAGUUUGUAAUCAUGAUUUUUUUAAAUACUUGGUUAUGGAGUACAUUUUUGUUUUCAGAUAACUAAAUGUGUAACCAAUCAUUUUAUAUCUUAAUAUUCUUUUGGAAUUAAGAGAAUUAUAAGUGAUUAAAAAUAACACAUGCUUUGUGUGUUUGUUUAGCAGUUUAAAUUUGUCUUUGCUUUUGUUAGUAAGAACCAACAUUUCUUCAGUGUGCCUUUAUCAGCUAAGAAUGACAAGCAGUGAAUACCUUAAAAGUAUUUAUAAAGUAUUAUACAUGCAUUUAGGCAAAUAGAAUUUGUAGUCUAGGGUUUUGAUGCUAAGUUCUUAUGUACCUCACUAGAAAUAUGGAGCAGAAAAGCAUGCAUUCACGUGCAUUGGGGAUGCAUGGCCUUUGCUUACAUGUCAUCGCUUAACCAGAAUCCCCACUACUGUCUUUGCUCAGUCCUCUUUAGACAGGAAUGUUCCAGAAAGUUUGAUUUGCUAAUUAUAUGGUAAUUCAUCUAGAGAUGAUAUGUCGUUGGAGUUUUUAUUGUGGAAAAAGAAGAUGGGGAUUUAAGUUGGGUGAAGACAAAGACCUCAUCCAGUUCCUAUUGUGGGGUUUUACUGGUUACUGGCAUUUGUCAGUCAAGAUUUCUGUUUGAAUUUCUAAGAACAAUCUGAAAUAAUUCAUUAUGCUUAUGAAAUUUCUAAGUGUCCUUCUUAUCCUUAGUUAUCCUAAUGUAAUGGGAAAUAUGGAUACACAUAGAAUAUUUUGUGUGUCAUAUUAAAAGCCUUAUUAAUACUUUGCCUGAAAUAGGUCAUUCUGCCUCAUCCAUUUGCCAAAGUGCCGAACCCAAGUUAAGGAAACUUUGACAUAGGCUGACAAUAUUCUUGUAUUUUAUUUUAGAUUGUAAGCAUAAUGGCAGGAAAUCAUAUCAGUAAUUGUGCUUUUUAUGUAGCAAUCAUUGCUGUAUACCUAUGGUGCUUAAUAAAUGUUUAUAACUAGUCAUAA